AUGGGGCCAGGCCUGGGACAGCAGCUUGGCAUCUCCAAUACAUCCUCCAGCAGUGCCCCUGGCUCGCCUUCAUCAUCCCGGACAGCCGGGCUCCCGAGGCAAGGGCGCAGCCCGGGUGGCCCGCCUCCUCACGGCUCUGCUCCAGGCAUCCACGAGCCCGACGAGGCCGACCCAGCCCUCGCCCUGGAGGCUUUCCGGUGUCUGGCCUCGGGCCACGCCAGCCGCCUGUGGGAACAGCUGCGGCAGUUCUGGGCCGACCACUUCUCGCGGCGCUUCUCGCCACGGCGCCCGCCGCUGCGCCGCAUCUCCUCCAUGUCCACCUUCUACCUGCUGGACCACCGGACGCGCCAGGCGGAGCUGGGUGUCUGA